AUGGCUACUUCUGUUGAUCCUCUUGUUGUUGGGCGAGUGAUUGGAGAUGUUGUUGAUCUGUUUGUGCCAACUAUUAGUAUGAGUGCUUAUUAUGGAUGCAAACACGUCACUAAUGGUUGUGACAUCAAACCUUCCUUGACCACCAACACUCCUAAAGUCAAUAUCGGUGGCAACUCUGACCAGCUUUACACUUUGGUGAUGGUGGAUCCAGAUGCUCCGAGUCCUAGUGAACCAAGCUUGAGAGAGUGGCUUCACUGGAUUGUUGUCGACAUCCCUGGUGGAACCAAUGUUUCUCGAGGGAAAGAGAUCGUGAACUACAUGCCCCCGCGUCCUCCGGUGGGGAUUCACCGCUACAUACUGGUUCUGUUUCUACAGAAGUCACCGUUGGGCCUGGUGGAGUAUCCCCAGGCCCGGGCCAACUUCAUUACCCGAAUGUUCGCGGCCCAAUUGGACUUAGGCCUGCCCGUUGCUACUGUCUACUUCAAUGCCCAGAAGGAGCCCGCCAAUCGUCGCCGUUGAAUAAAGAUUGUCAAUCAAUGCAUGGAUGGUUGGGAUGGGAUGGUGGUGUUAU